AUGCGACGACAGCGUAUUUUUGGCCCCCCUACCAAUCGAGAAGAUCGGGUUCGAAGAAGACUGAAUGCAACAGAAGACCUAGCAGCAAGGCAACGCCUAGAAGAAUCAAUGUCCCAAGCUCGUGAACCUCGCCCCCCCCUGCAGGAAGAAAUAUUUAACCACCGUGAUGAUACGUUCAAUGAUCAAGAAGAGGAAAUCAAUCCGCAACCAGGGCUUGAAGACGAUGCGGAUGACAAUGAAGAUGAUCAGUGGCAGACAAACUGGGUUACUGUGGACAGGGAAGAACCUGAUGCAAUUGAUCUGAUGGUUCAAGCAAGCAACGAGCGACACCGACAACGAGCAAGAGAAUUUAACUGGAAUUUAAUCCUUACUUACCUCCACCCGGUUUAUAUGGUACAGAAGGUCGAAACCUCAAAUUGGGCUGGUGCAAAUUCUUACCAGGAUCAUUGCCCUCCUUGCAAGUGUGGACCUCAAGCUAAAAGUCGCCGGUGUGUUGACUUGAUUGAUAUCCAUGGGCAGCGUUGUGUGGCGGUUGAUUUUUGUAGAUGCACCCACGAUGCUGUGCGACUCCUCUACCUUGGUUAUAUAGCAGGCUCCCCAAUCCAACCCCAGACCGCCUUUUCAGUCCCCCUUCUUAUUUUCCACAACCACUUGUGGAAUAACUGUCAUAUUGGUGCAUUACCAUUUACCAGAGCUCUUACUGAAUUUCUAGAACCUAGGUCCCAAAAACUCUUUGCUCGUAACCGUCAACACCAAAAUCUCAAGUCACGAGAUGUGCGUAAACCAUUCAGCGCGGCAGUGGAUUUGUAUCGGCGACUAGAGGAACAAUCAGAUACCCUGUUUCAUUCAGUGCUUGGCUUAAGUGACCAACAAGUUAUAGCAACAUUGUCAUGUCCAGCUUGUUUUGGCCCCCAACCACUAGAUAGUUCAAUGUACCCGGAGACCACUCGAGAUCGCUUGGUAGUAUGUCUGGAUGGCAACUUCCAGCACCGCCAUCACACCAAGGCCAGCCGGAAUCACGAACAACUUCGCACCCCUCGAAUAUUUCUUGAUCAAGCCAAUGUGGAUAAAGCAUCAUGCCUAAUAAGAGAAAAGGAAACACUUGAUAAUACUCCUGAACAGGUAGACCGAUGUACUGAGGCACAUAAGGCAGCAGAUGACAAGCGAAAUGAGUCAACUUGGAAGGGCUGUGACGAUACUGGUUUGAUGGGUUGUUGCUGCCGACACGAUGCAGCAAUAUACCUAGCCAACAUACAUAAGUCUGGUGAGAAGCGGUGUUUCCCACUGGCAAUCAUCCAACAGCUGCUUUCGGUUAUUGAGCCCAAUCGUCAAGUUGGGAUUCUCUAUGACAUUGGGUGCUCAAUGGAUAAGUUUAUCAAUUUAAGAAAUCUUCUUGUUGAUGACCGACAACGCAUCAAGUUUGGUACAUCAAUCUUCCAUGCAUACGCCCAUAACUGGACUUGCCAGUUGGACUACCAUCCCCGCUUCAAUAAGGGUUGGGGACUAUCUGAUGGGGAAGGUUUAGAGAGAAUGUGGUCUUACCUUUCCCCGUUAGUUAGCCCCUUAAGGUAUGCUACCCGGAACCAUCGAUUGGACUCUAUAUCUCACCGCCUAGCACACCACAAUAAGAGAAGCAUUAAACAAUUAUCUUUUUGGUUGCGGAAGAAGUUCAACCUGGCUGUUAAACGGAGACGUGAGACUCAAAUGGCAUUAUCCAAACUCCUUGCCAAGCAAAACCCUCACAGUUCCUCAGGAAGAAACUACACCCGGGCGUUCUUUUUACGACAGUGGACAGCACAACGUGCAUUUCAGGCAGAUCACACGGAUGUUGAAGAACGACGAAUGAAGAAGUUGGUGGCUAUGUAUCAGCGAGAAAAUGUCAUAGAACUACUGAGGUGUCGAUUACGCAACCCAAGCCUCCUCCUGGCAACAGAGGCAGAAGUGCGGGAGUUAUUGGACUCAAUUGAGGCUGAAUCUGAGAAACUUAAAGAGGAAAUUGAAAGUUUAUUGGGGGACAGUGCACCAGCUGCAAAUGUGGAAGAACGCAAAUUGCGCCUUCUUCUGUGGAGCGCCAAAUCUGAGUUGUUCGUUGAAGCAGUCCACCUUAGAGCUGAAAGGCAGCCUUUGGUUGAUAGCAAAACCAUUGGUGCCAGGUUGGGUACCAAGUUGAAAGAGAAAAUAUUCAAGGCAAUCAACAACAGACGACCAGCAAUAGACAAGGUAAUAACAGAAUAUAAUUUACGAUACUCGCAGUACAGGCUCAAGUUCCCCAAUCAACAUGGCACCCAUGGUGACGAUGACAACCUCAUGUCAUACAAAAAGCUCAAGACUAUGCCCCUCGACGACACAUUUUGGAACGAUGGACUCUUCUACCAUUGUGACGCGCCAUGGGCAAUCAACCCCGAGGUCCGAGAGGGUAUAAACUGUGUGCUUGGGCUAAGCAGGGUUCAAGAAGAGUUUGAGCUCAUUGCACAAGAGUUGGUCCGGAUGAUGGCUUGGGCAAUAGAGGUCCAUGACCAGAUUGCCAAGCAGAUUAGUUACAUGCAAGAACGUAUGCAACAGCUGAGGAGAGCUCCUGACGCCCCAGAAGAUCAUGUUGAUAGAAUCCAUUUGACCAAUAUCACCCGCGGUGACAAAGUCAAGUUGAUCCACAAGGAACUUCUGAACCGACUGGCCAGUCAUAACGAACUUGUGGAAGAAUGGUCGGAUAACAUCACAUGGCUAUGGGGCUCCUGUCAGCCAACUGAAAAUCUGACAUUUAUACAGGAUUGGAACAACUUGUUGAGACAAAUCAAGCAAGAAAAGCUGGACAACUUUCCUGAUUUGAAUGAUGUCAAUGAUGUGUUAGAGGAGAUAGUUUCAGGAGAAGUUGUAGAUGAUGGCGAAGAUACUGAGGAGGUUUGGGUUGAUUUAUAA